GGCUGCUAGUGCUGCUGCUGCUGCAGCCAGACGAUCAGCUCACACUUGUCUGAAGACCUGGAGAGAGGCCCCUGGAGGCUCACAGAGUAUACCCCCAGGUUAUUUGGAAUUUUUUUUUUUUUUGGAGAAGAGUCAUCCUUACUUUCACAAUGACAAACAAUUCUACCUUCUGUCCAGUUUACAGAAAUCUGGAGCCAUUCACAUAUUUUUUUUAUUUAGUUUUCCUUAUUGGAAUUAUUGGAAGUUGUUUUGCAACCUGGGCUUUCAUACAGAAAAAUACGAAUCACAGGUGUGUGAGCAUAUACUUAAUUAAUUUGCUGACGGCGGAUUUCCUGCUCAGUCUGGCCUUACCGGUGAAAAUUGUGGUGGACCUGGGCGUGGCCCCCUGGAAGCUGAGGAUAUUCCACUGCCAAAUCACAGCCUGCCUCAUCUACAUUAACAUGUACUUGUCCAUUAUCUUCUUAGCGUUUGUUAGCAUGGAUCGCUGUCUGCAGCUGACCUACAGCAGCAAGAUUUAUCGAAUCCAGGAACCUGGAUUUGCCAAAAUGAUAUCGGCCGUCGUGUGGGUCAUGGUCCUUCUCAUAAUGGUGCCAAACAUGGUGAUUCCAAUCAAAGACAUCAAGGAAAAGCCAAAUGUGGGGUGCAUGGAAUUCAAAAGGGAGUUCGGAAGAAACUGGCAUUUGCUGACAAACUUCAUAUGUUUGGCUAUAUUUUUAAAUUUCUCAGUCAUCAUUUUAAUAUCUAACUGCCUAGUAAUUCGACAACUCUACAGAAACAAAGAUAAUGAAAAUUAUCCAAAUGUGAAAAGAACUCUCAUCAACAUACUUUUAGUGACCACAGCCUACAUCAUAUGUUUUGUUCCUUAUCACAUUGUCCGAAUCCCAUACACCCUCAGCCAGACGGAGGUCAUAUCUGACUGCCCGACGCGGAUUUCACUCUUCAAAGCCAAGGAGGCCACGCUGCUCCUGGCUGUGUCAAACCUGUGCUUUGAUCCCAUCCUGUACUAUCACCUUUCAAAAGCAUUCCGCUUAAAGGUCAGUGAGACUUUCGCAUCACCUAAGGAGAGCAUGGCUCAGAAAGAAAAAUCAAGGUGUGAAAAUGCAUAAAAUACGGGAUUUUUCAUCCUGUCACUUCUUGCCUUACUGGACAUGUACAGAACUACUGGGAAAGAGGAAAACAGAGUCUCAGAAUGCAAAAUUUUAGACAACUAGCAAAUGUGGCCUGGUUUAUGGUGAAACCUUGUAUUUAUACAUAGGCCAAUCAACAUUUAAUGGCUGUUGUUGCUCCUUAACCCAAAAAUGUGUAUGAAAGAACUAAAAAGUCUUGUUGAACCAAUGUAAAACCCUUAAAUAUCCUUGAAAUCCAUAUGACUUCUAUGACAUAGACACACAGGUAUGCAUGAGGUGUUCAUUUAAAUGCCUGGAACUGACUUCUUGAUAAAAACAUGCAAAAUACAGGUGGCCCUUGAACACUGGUUUGAACUGCAUGGGUCCACUUACACGAAAAUAUUUUUCAAUAAAUAUGGGCAGUAGUAUAAAUGCAUUUUCGCAUUUUCUCUUCCUCAUCAUGAUUUCUUUAAUAACAUUUUCUAGUUUACUUUAUUGUAAGAACACAGUAUAUAAUAAUAUAUACAAAAUACGUGUUAAUCAACUGUUUAUGUUAUUGGUAAGAUUUCUGGACAUUAGUGGUCUAUUAGGAGUUAAGUCUUGGGGGAGUCAAAAGCUAAACGUGGAUUUUUUACUGUGGAUUUUUUACUGUGGGCGGGGGAAUCAGCAUCCUCAUUGUUCAAUGGAUAACUGUUACGUCUAUGUAAAUUGACAAGGCUCUUCAGCAACACAAUUUUAAGCCCUUUGGAUCACUUAAAAAAAAAUCCAACUUAUUUUUUCCAUGAAACCACCUGUGCCCGAUUUAUUUUUAAUCCAUCACUUCAAAGAUGGUGACCUUUUAGCUUACUACUCCAAUCUUUAACAUCUAAUUGUUUUCUAACACAAUAACUAAAUAUUUUUAUUUCUAAAAAGGCUUGGAAAUACAUGGCCAGUGUUUAAUGUAUUAUAUACUUACAUUCUACCUGAAGGUUAUAAAUAAAG